ACAUCAAACGGUCGUGUCUUUUGGAAAAUAAAAAUUGUUUCGCACCAAAAAAAGAACUGAGGAAAGUUUGUAAAGCAAAAAUCAAAGGAAGAGGCCGCGACCAAGAAAAAAAAAAAAAAAACAAAACAGAAAAUAAGCCAAAUUGUGUGCUUCAAAAAUUUCAAAGUGAAAAUAAAAGAAGAAGAACAACAACAACAAAACAAAAAUUAUUACAAAUCACAACAUUGAAUGUUGGGCUUGUGGCAGUAACAGAGCAAGCAAACCCUGCAGCAGUGGUCAGCAUAAAUAGCAUUAAAAACAUAAUUGUAUUGUUGUGGUUGUUGGGUCCGCCAUCCAAGUGAAUAUUAAAUAAAUUAAAUUCAAUAAAAAAAAUAUUUAAUAAAAAUACCCGACAAUUGGGUUCCUAUUGUUGUGUGUGGUUUUACCGAAUGGCAAAUGCAAAUAGAAAUAAGUAAAAAAUAAUAACAGAAAGCAUUUCGAAAACAAAUAUUUGUAUUUAUUUUGUGACAGCACCAGCAAAUGUCAGAAAGCACUUGAAAAAAUUAAACACCUAAAUUCCAUUCCAAGUUGAAGUACCCUCUUCCCACCCCCACAACUGAUUUGCAGUGAAAUAUUACCACUUCAUUACUCACAGCUGCCACUUGUUAGCCACGGAGACUCAACCAAAGUCCAAUACAUAAUUGCGAGAGUAUUGGGUUGUGUGUGUGUACACGCGAGUGCGUUUAGUCCGCGCCAAUCAAUCAAUUCAUCAAACAGUCAUUAAUAACCCACAAAAACAACAACAACAAUAGUUUACACGCAUUUAAAAGCCCUAAACAUGGAUUCCGUCAGUGCUAAUUACGACGAACAACAGCAAAGGAACGAAAUUAGCGCCAUACCCCAAUAUGGCCUUAAAUUAAAGUUCGAUCAUGUCUGGCCAGAGAAGCGGAAUCAAAAUCUAAGGCCUUCCAUAAAACAGACCUUACCUUUAUUGCCAUUGGCCUGCAGAUAUGCCGCCUAUUAUUGGAAAGUGUCACGUGAGGGCCGACGCUGUUACAUGGAUUACUAUUACACGGAGCACAGUAAACAAAUGUAUGGAGUACCAUUGGGCGGUAUUGGUGGCGGGACCAUUGGACGCGGUUAUGCUGGAGAAUUCUGUCGCUUCCAAAUGCGUCCUGGCAUGUAUGAAUACAACACCGUACAGGCCGAUCAAUUCAUCGUCACCAUAAAGGAUGUGAAGGGCGAGACGAUCUAUCAGAGUCUGUUGUCAAAAAGCAAUUCCAGUCUAAAUAAUUCCAAAAUUCCCUGUAAUUUCAAAUAUUGCAGCAACAAUCGCCCUAAACAGCCACUGAGCAGUUGGCAAUCGAAUUUGGAUGAGUCCAAAUGUAGCUACACAGGUUUGUAUCCACGUUCCUGGACUGAGUAUGAUCUCUCCAAGUAUGGCAUACGUUUGGUGUGUCGUCAAAUAUCGCCGGUUAUACCACAUGACUACAAAGAAUCGAGUCUGCCCUGUGCGGUAUUUGUUUGGUCGGUGGAGAAUGUGGGCGAGGAGGAACGCACCGUCUCCAUUACGUUUACCUUUAAAAAUGGCACCGGUAACAAGAAACAAGAUGCUGAAGGAAAUGCCACCUCCGCUUUAUUCUCGGAGGGCAAUGCCAAGGGCGUAACCAUUAACCAGGUGAUUGCUGAAAUGCCAUGCUCCUACAACUUGGCUUGUCGUGUCUUGCCCGAAAUCAACAUAACCCGUUGUCUGAAGUUUGAUCCCAACGGUAGUGGUGAACAAUUGUGGCAGCAGCUAAAAGACCAAGGACAAUUGAAUGAUACUGCAGCUGAUGAAACGCUGAAAUCCAACGAUUUGGGUGUGGCAAUUUGUGCCAGGGUUUCAUUGAAACCCAAAUCUCAACAUGAUUUGGAAUUUGCUUUGGCCUGGGACAUGCCAACCAUACAUUUUCCCAAGAAGCUUAAGGCCCACACACGUUAUUAUACCAAAUAUUUUAGUGCAAAUGGGGAAAGUGGUCCGAAAAUCUGUGAAUAUGCUUUGAAACAUUAUGGCAAUUGGGAAAAGCUUAUUGAUAAUUGGCAGAGGCCCAUCUUAAAUGAUGAAGGUCUUCCGGAUUGGUACAAGAGUGCCAUAUUCAAUCAAUUGUAUUAUAUAUCGGAUGGUGGCACCAUAUGGCUUCUAUGUGAUUCAUCAUUGGGACAAGAUUUGGAAUACAAUGAUCCAAGAACUGCUUAUGGUCGCUUUGGCUAUCUGGAAGGACAUGAAUAUCGCAUGUACAACACCUAUGAUGUCCACUUUUAUGCUUCUCCAGCCAUAGCACACCUGUGGCCAAAUCUACAGGUAAGCCUGCAAUAUGAUUUCAAGGAUGCCAUUGCUGCAAAUCUCACAGAUACACGAAAAAUGUUAUACGAUGGUAAAAUAAUGCCACGCAAGGUGAAAAAUUGUGUACCCCAUGAUUUGGGUGAUCCCGAUGAGGAACCUUUCACACUAAUCAAUUGUUAUAAUAUACACGAUGUCAACGAUUGGAAAGAUUUGAAUACGAAAUUUGUACUACAAGUCUAUAGGGAUUAUUAUGUGUUGAAUGAAUUGGCGCAGGCCCAGUCGGAUAAUGCCAGUAAAUUUAGUUCCAUUGAAUUUAUCGAUAAGGAUAGUUUGUAUGAAAUGUAUUCACAGGAUAAUAAACGUAAAAAUUCCGUGGAAGAGAAAAAGGAAAAUCGCAAAUCGGCUUCAAUGUACAUCAAUGAAACCAAUGGACGAGUUUAUCUCAUGGAUGCCAUGGCCUACUUAAAGGCCAUGUAUCCCUCCUGCAAAGCCAUUAUGGAAAGGACCAUGGAAUAUGAUCGUGACAAUGAUGGUUUAAUUGAAAAUACCAAAAUGCCCGAUCAGACCUAUGACUCGUGGGUUAUGGAGGGACCAAGCGCCUAUUGCUCCGGCUUGUGGUUGGCUGCAUUGCAGAGCAUGUCGGUAAUGGCCACGAUUUUGGAUCAACCCAAUGACUGCAUACGUUAUCAGGAUAUUUUGGAAAAGGGCAAACGUUCUUUGGAGGAGAAGCUGUGGAAUGGCAGCUAUUAUCGUUUUGAUACUUGUAACAGCCACAAGGAUACCAUUAUGGCAGAUCAAUUGUGUGGCCAUUGGUAUUUGAAGACAUGCGGUUUCGAUUAUGAGAUCUAUCCCAAGGAAAAUGUACGUUCAGCAUUGAAGGAAAUCUAUAAAAAUAAUGUCAUGGGUUUCCACAAUGGCAACAUUGGGGCUGCCAAUGGUUUCAUUGCCAAUUCUGAUCCCGAAAAGCCAGGUCAUGUGGACACCAGCAGCAUACAAUCGGAAGAAGUUUGGCCGGGUGUUACAUUUGCCUUGGCCGCCACCAUGAUACAGGAGGGUAUGUUCGAGGAAGGUUUCAAAACUGCGGGCGGUCUUUAUGAGACAAUUUCCGAGAAGUGUGGCAUGAAUUUUGAAACUCCUGAGGCUUUUUAUGGUGAAAAACGUUAUCGUUCGAUUGGUUAUAUGAGACCCUUGAGUAUUUGGUCCAUGCAAGUGGCCUGGGAAAGGCGUAAGGCCUUAAGGGAUUAAAGGGCCUCAUGGAGAACAUUAAGAGGAGCAAAAAAUAAAACGCUUUUUGGCAUAGGCAACUUUAAGGUGCACACAAAACGGAGUACAAUUUUGUUUAGAAAUUAUUUACAAAUCAUAGAUUUUUUCUAUAGCCCCCAACAAGUGAGAAGAAUUGUGGGAACCAAAGAUAUAAUGAAAAAAGGCGACGUUAUUGAAUAAUGUAUUGUAUUUAUUUCGCAUUAAAGACACAAGGCACAAGUUUAGAUUUAAGACAAAAUGUUAAUGAUUUUCCACAAGAGUGCUUUAAAUUAUUAGUCCUAUUAUUGAGUUAGAAAUUAAGUUAUUUUAAAUUCAAGCAUAGUACAUUUAUCACAAAUUCAAGUAGUUUCUUUUUAUUAAGACAUCAUAUGAGUUCAUGCCACAAACUAUACAAAAUAUACCAAAGGUUAGGUUAAAUCUUAAGAUGCCGAAGACCUGAGAAGGAUGUAUUGGCGGCUUGUCAUCCUGCUGAUUUAACCUGUCUUAAUCUAUACUACCUAAGAAAUGUCUCUUUCCUCUAUAGACUGAAUUCAUCAAUUCAUAACUUCAUUCACAAAUACCUUGUUUUUUUAUUUAUUUUGUUGUUAAUCUGUAAUUUUGUAAACUCUAUCUUAAGAGCUUCGAAAAAGAUGCCUAUAUGUAUUGUUUAAAAAAAAUGUUGAGAGUCGAAAAUAUAUGUAUGUUAAUAACUGUGUACUUA